GCAUCCAUUAGCAUCCAUGCACUGCACUCUGCACCCCUGUGCACGAAACCACAGAACAGAUCCGUAUGCCUAGAACACUGCAGGAGAAUAUGGGAUGUAAUGGAAUUUUACUUGGAAAUUGACCCUGUGACUCUGAACUUAAUUAUACUUGUUGCCAGUUAUGUCAUUCUGCUGCUGGUAUUCCUGGUGUCCUGUGUGCUAUAUGACUGCAGGGGGAAAGACCCCAGUAAGGAGUAUGCUCCAGAGACCUUGCCAGAAAACAGGUCGCCCAUCCGUUUGGUGGUAAUGCAGCAAAGUGCUACUUGGGCCAAAGCCUACCAGAACACAACUGGAUUAUUGGAGAAAAAAGUUACAGUGGUCUAAAGAGAUUACCUACAGUAUGCACACUUGUGUAAAGCAAGCUGAACCUCUGCAAUGCCUGUCAUCAGAAUGAAUAAAAUAUUUUUUCAAAUGCCUUCUGGAUUGUGCAAGUGGUCUUUGGAAACUAUGAGAUGGACAAUGUUAAUUUUGAAGAACAGCGGUACUCCAUGGUGUCCUCCCAUGCUCACCACACUUGUUGAGUGUCAUCAAUGAAUGAGUUACCUGCAUUUCUUUAGCCAUUACCAUACGGUACUUUGGAACCCCUGGGGUGACUGUUAUCCUUACCUGUGGAGUAAUUUCUGCUGAACGAUCACAUAUGAGACUAUGAACAGUGGUGACAUUUUUCAUUUCUACAUAAUUUGCUCAACAGUGAAAGAGGAGCUGUGGAAAGCCAAGUAUAUUAUGAAAUAGGUUUGUAAAUAUUACUGCUGCAUGAGCAUCAAUGACUCCCUGAGGUCCUCAGAGAUCGUUUUUGAAUGGAGAAUACUGUAUAUCAUAUGCAUAAACUUGCACAAUGAACAUAAAUUAAGAAAAUCAGACUCAAAUUAGUAAUAAAGCUGAUUAUCUUAAAGAUUCACUUUUUCCAACCACGCCAACAGUGA